AUGGAAAAGGUUGCCAGCAUCAGGCCUCCAAGGACAUGGCGCCUUCGGAGGGACGGGGAUCUUCGCGAAAAGGGGGCCAUUUCGACCGAGUCAAAGGCCGCGACCCUGGGGAAGACCGAUGAGGGUAUCAUCGACGUCUACCGUGGAAAGGACCCCCAUUUUUUAGCCAACGGUUUGUCCUUCCUCAGGGAAUUCCAUAAAGACCACUCGGCCAUCGACCUAUACGGCCUGACCCCUGAGAACCGCGAAAUCGUGGAACUGGCUCUCAAGAACGCUAAGGCAGAAGGACUCCUCAUUACCAGGGGAUCCGACUCGGCCAUUAAGGCUGUAUACCAGGCGAACCAAGAGGCCAAGGCAAGAGGGACGCCAGGUUACCAACCCGAUCAGGGAAGACUGGAGGAUAAAGCCCCUUUCGGCAGGAGCGACUUAGAAUACCUCCGCCAGUAUUUCUCUGUGACUCCGGCUGAUACUUUCUUCGGUCUAAUGACUGAGGAGAGUGCCCGGGUGAGUCGUUUGGACGACUAUCUAAUGGCCAGGGACGCAUUGGCUGAAGUUAGGCGAGCCCUCAAGGAAGAGGCCGAGGCCUCGGACCCUCCUGAGACCAAAGCGGCUGCAAAUAGAACCCCGGGGACUGCAAGGCCUAUGGUCGAGGGCCGCGACGAUCCUUUCUUCGGACAUGAGGCCGAGGACGACCUCACACUGGGAAUAUCUGACGAGGAAUACGAGGGGGUCCUCGAGAUGGGAGACCCAGCAAGAGCCAAAGGAGGUCACCAUGAACAUGGUCUUGAUGCUACCAUCCGAAUUUUCGGCCCAGGAGGCCAGACCGACGGCCUCGAUAACGACGUGGCCGAAGAACAGCUUGGUCAAAGGCCGAAAACAAAGGAAGAGUUGUUGGCCGUGGCUUUUAACGAGGUAAUACCCAGAGACGAGCCAAACAAAUACCGACACCUCAAGCCAUUGUAUAUCUCGGCCCAUGUCGAAGGUGUGCCCAUAUCCAAGGUCUUCGUUGACUGCGGAGCGACGGUCAACAUCCUUUCCUGUUCGCUAAUGAGGAAGCUGGGCAAGACGAGAGAGGACCUCGUCCCCAGUGACGUGGUCAUGAGCAGCUUUGUCGACGACAAAUCUAAAACCAUCGGGGUACUGCCGCUAAAAAUCACCGUGGCCGAUCAGACGAGAGUCACGGCUUUUUACGUGGUCGAAUCCAGCGUGGACUACAAUAUACUGCUCGGCCGUGACUGGAUCCAUCAGUCCGGGUGCAUACCGUCCUCCCUCUUCCAACUUUUGUUCUUCUGGGACGGCCAGAGGGUAUCCAUACACCCGGCCGAUGAAAAACCCUUUGAAAACAACGCUGUGCAAGCACAGAUUUACAACGACGACGUCGGAUGGGUUGUCCUCACCAGCCACGAUGCGAGUGGCCGACCAACCAGGACAACGGCCCAGAAAGUGCUGGAGUUAGGCGCCAAGAAUGUUCGACAGGAUUCGGCGCGCGAAGUGUUGAUCAACCUCACGAGCCUUUAA